AUGGUAGUUCAUCGAGGUAGUUAUCUCUACAUUAGUGUUCAAAAGAUGGUAGUUCAAUACGACAGUUACUUCUACAUUAGUGUUCAAAAGAUGGUAGUUCAAUACGACAGUUACUUAUACAUUAGUGUUCAAAAGAUGGUAGUUCAAUACGACAGUUACUUCUACAUUAGUGUUCAAAAGAUGGUAGUUCAAUACGACAGUUACUUCUACAUUAGUGUUCAAAAGAUGGUAGUUCAAUACGACAGUUACUUCUACAUUAGUGUUCAAAAGAUGGUAGUUCAAUACGACAGUUACUUCUACAUUAGUGUUCAAAAGAUGGUAGUUCAAUACGACAGUUACUUCUACAUUAGUGUUCAAAAGAUGGUAGUUCAAUACGACAGUUACUUCUACAUUAGUGUUCAAAAGAUGGUAGUUCAAUACGACAGUUACUUCUACAUUAGUGUUCAAAAGAUGGUAGUUCAAUACGACAGUUACUUCUACAUUAGUGUUCAAAAGAUGGUAGUUCAAUACGACAGUUACUUCUACAUUAGUGUUCAAAAGAUGGUAGUUCAAUACGACAGUUACUUCUACAUUAGUGUUCAAAAGAUGGUAGUUCAAUACGACAGUUACUUCUACAUUAGUGUUCAAAAGAUGGUAGUUCAAUACGACAGUUACUUCUACAUUAGUGUUCAAAAACCAAAUGAUACUGAUGCUACUGCUUUCUCCAGUAAUAGCUUAAAUGCUGCUACUUCAGUCCCUGCUACUGCUAUUCCAGGCCCUGCUACUGCUACUCCAGCCCCUGCUACUGCUAUUCCAGCCCCUGCUACUGCUACUCCAGCCCCUGCUACUGCUACUCCAGCCCCUGCUACUGCUACUCCAGCCCCUGCUACUGCUAUUCCAGCCCCUGCUACUGCUACUCCAGCCCCUGCUACUGCUACUCCAGCCCCUGCUACUCCAGUCCCUGCUACUCCAGCCCCUGCUACUGCUACUCCAGCCCCUGCUACUGCUACUCCAGCCCCUGCUACUGCUACUCCAGCCCCUGCUACUGCUACUCCAGCCCCUGCUACUCCAGUCCCUGCUACUCCAGUCCCUGCUACUCCAGUCCCUGCUACUCCAGUCCCUGCUACUCCAGUCCCUGCUACUCCAGUCCCUGCUACUGCUACUCCAGCCCCUGCUACUGCUAUUCCAGCCCCUGCUACUGCUACUCCAGCCCCUGCUACUGCAGCCCCUGCUACUGCUACUGCUACUCCAGCCCCUGCUACUGCUACUCCAGCCCCUGCUACUGCAGCCCCUGCUACUGCUACUCCAGCCCCUGCUACUGCUACUCCAGCCCUUGCUACUGCUACUCCAGCCCCUGCUACUGCUACUCCAGCCCCUGCUACUGCUACUCCAGCCCCUGCUACUGCUACUCCAGCCCCUGCUACUGCUACUUCAGUCCCUGCUACUGCAGCCCCUGCUACUGCUACUCCAGCCCCUGCUACUGCUACUUCAGUCCCUGCUACUGCUACUCCAGCCCUUGCUACUUCUACUCCAGCCCCUGCUACUGCUACUCCAGCCCCUGCUACUGCUACUCCAGCCCCUGCUACUGCUACUUCAGUCCCUGCUACUGCUACUCCAGUCCCUGCUACUGCUACUCCAGUCCCUGCUACUGCUACUCCAGCCCCUGCUACUGCUACUCCAGCCCCUGCUACUGCUACUCCAGCCCCUGCUACUGCUACUGCAGCCCCUGCUACUGCUACUCCAGCCCCUGCUACUGCUACUCCAGCCCCUGCUACUGCUACUUCAGUCCCUGCUACUGCUACUCCAGUCCCUGCUACUGCUACUCCAGCCCCUGCUACUGCUACUCCAGCCCCUGCUACUGCUACUGCAGCCCCUGCUACUGCUACUCCAGUCCCUGCUACUGCUACUCCAGUCCCUGCUACUGAGGCUGAGUCGGCGAUAUAUCGCUUAGAGGCUUCCGUCUUGCAGAUGCCAGUAAGUCCAGUUAUCCGUCUUGCAGAUGCCAACAUAGUGACCGUGAACACUGUAGAGGAGAACGAGAACACUGUAGAGGACAACGAGAACACUGUAGAGGACAACGAGAACACUGUAGAGAAGCACGAGAACACUGUAGAGAAGCACGAGAACACUGUAGAGGAGCACGAGAACACUGUAGAGGAGCACGAGAACACUGUAGAGGACAACGAGAUCACUGUAGAGGAGCACGGGGGUUCACCAUCUUCACUGCGAGUAUAA